CUCCGAGUCCUAAGGCUUCACCCUGGAGGUUUCGACGAUCCUAUCUCGUGUGAGCUACAUGUGACACGGUUGCGACGAGGCCUUUCCUACGAAGCAAUAUCCUACGUUUGGGGGGACCCUAAGGACACCGCUGCGAUCCAAUGCGAGGGCCGGCCCAUGCACAUCACUGUCAACCUACGGGACGCUUUACGAAGAUUUCGAGAUAGAAAAGACGUCAGAACUCUGUGGGCAGAUGCUAUAUGCAUUAAC